AUGCCGAACACCAACACCAACACCAACACGCUGUACCAAUACAGCCUCAUCAGCGCCCUCCUGCAGGGCAUCUGCACCGACGGGCUCUCAGCCUCCUCGUUAACUCACCACGGCACACACGGCAUCGGCACCCUAGCAGAGCUAGACGGCGAGAUGAUCAUGCUCGACGACGAAGCGUACCACUUCCGCACGACCUCCUCCUCCUCCCUCUCAGACAUACAAGUGCGCCGCCUGGACACCACCGAUCGAAUCCCCUUCGCAAUGCUCACCAACUUCCAGCCCACGCAUCACUAUAACAUCACAACCCCCUUAACCAUCAAUGCCUUACGCACGCAGACCCUGGCCCCGCUCCUCACCACAAAGAAGAACCACUUCCUCUCCGUGCGCAUCGACGCCCACUUCUCCGCCCUCACCCUCCGCAUCAUUCCCCGCCGCACCGCUCCCCACGAGACCCUAGCUGACCUCGCCGACCGCCAGGUCGUUACCUCGCUGGAGGCAACAACCGGCUCGCUGUUCGGGUUCUGGUCGCCAAGGUAUGUAGCGGGUAUAGGCGUGGCGGGGUUCCAUCUGCAUUAUGUGGCCGAGGAUCGGAGGACGGGUGGCCAUGUGCUGGAUUUCACGGCCGAGGUGGGCGGGACGGUGGAUGUUGCGAUCAUUGACAGGGUCGAGGUCGAGUUGCCCGAUACGAAGGAGUUCGGGGAGGUGGCGGUUGAGGUGCCGGUUGGGGAUGCUGUGCAGAGGGCCGAGGGGGGUGGCGAGUAG